AUGUUGUUAGCUGAGUUACUUCUUUUGACGUUUCUCCUAUUUGAUUACGGAAAAUCGACAGAAAUUACGUUCAAAAAUGUGAAUUUUCAAGGAUAUCGCAUGUUUACACCGAAAUUUAGACCAACAAUUCUCUCGGGGAACAAUUUGAAAGAUUAUUUGCCAAAUAAAGACUUUGAUACGCUGGAAUUCGUCGAUCAGGUGAUUCCAGUGUUAUAUGAAAAUUCCAUAGCCGAUAUUGAACAUUUAAAUGAACUUAUAAUAGAGUCUAGCAAUGUGAGAGAAAUUAGACCAGGAGCUUUUAAAAAUUUGCCACAUCUAAAUAGGAUUUCGCUAAAAGUAAAUAAACUUGAGAGAAUAGAAAAUGGAGUAUUCAAUAAUCUGCAACUACAUACUUUGGAUUUAAGCCACAAUCAAAUUACAAACGUAUAUCCCCAUGCAUUUGAUGACAUGCGACAUAUUUAUUAUAUAAAUCUAGCUUAUAACAAUAUUUCCAAAUGGGAUCCAAGUUGGUUUAAAAAUACACCAGAACUAUCAAUAUUAUUCAUGAAAAAUAACUUAAUAGAAGAGCUACCUGAACGAAGUUUCCAAAAUUUACGAAUUAAAAAUAUAAAAAUUCGAAACUUAAAUUUGAUUUUCAGUAAUAACAAAAUUUCUAAAAUACAUCCAAAAGCUUUCGUAGAUUUGAAGAGGAUUAAUCAGUUGGUUUUAACAAAUAACUUGUUAGAAAAAUUUGACAAAGAAAUAUUACAAAAUGUCGUUGUAAACGAUUUGAGACUGAAUAACAACAGUAUUCAAUGUUUUGAAGAAAACGCUUUGGAUACUAUUUUUAGAGGACAAUCUGUAUAUAUAGAAUUUAAUCCAUUUGAUUGUGAAUGUUUAAAAAUAUUACAAAAAUGGGCCAAGAACAAUAACAACAAAUAUUUAGGCAUUAAUGAAAUAAAAUGUGAUGAUGAUGAUGAAGAAGAACCUGAUGUUAUAGAAAUUGAAAAUGUGGUUUGGGAUAAUACGUUAUCUGUUAAUAGAAUAACAUUGGUACUACCAAGAAAAAAUUAA